AUGAGGGGGCUGAGGGGGGUGAAGGGGCUGAGAGCGCUGAGGGGGCUGAAAGCGCUAAAGGUGCUGAGGGCUCUGAGGGGGCUGAAAUGGCUGAGGGCUCUGAGGGGGCUGAGGGAUCUUGAGAGGGCUGAGGGCUCUGAGGGGGCUGAAAGGGCUGAGGGGGCUGAGGGCUCUGAAGGGGCUGAAACGGCUGAAGGGGCUGAAAUGGCUGAGGGCUCUGCGGGGGCUGAGGGCUCUGAGGGGGCUGGGCUGAGGACGCUGAGGGCUCUGAGGGGGCUGAAAGGGCUGAGGGGGCUGAGGGCUCUGAAGGGGCUGAAACGGCUGAAGGGGCUGAAAUGGCUGAGGGCUCUGCGGGGGCUGAGGGCUCUGAGGGGGCUGAGGGCUCUGAGGGGCGGGCAGCGCACGGGAGCUGGGCGGGAAGCAGGAGCCAAUAGGAAGACGGAGAGGGCGAAUGGCGGGAAUUGUUCGCCAAUCAGCGCGACGCGCGCGGGGGCUCGCGCCCCAUCUUGUGUGGCGACCCGUCCUAAGGAGCGCGGACGCCAUGGCCGCCAUUUUGUGGCGUGUGAGGGAGCGCGAUGGGAGCUGCGCAGCGCGGAGGAGAAUGAGAAUCUGGACGCCGUGGCCGCCAUUUUGUGGCGUAGUGGGGUUCCCCCGGGAGAGUGGGGUUCCCCCGGGAGAGUGGGGUUCCCCCGCCGCCAGCCCAGCCUCCCGCAGGCCAGAUGCAGCCGCCUUCCAUUUAUUCGGUUAUCAAUGACUUCUCCAGAUCCAGCCCCGCAGCAGAGCAGCGCAGCAGCAGCAGCAGCAGCGGCCAUGGACAAGCUGCCCCCCUCCAUGCGCAAGAGGCUCUACAGCCUGCCCCAGCAGAUCGGACCCAAGGCGUCGAUCAUGGACGAGGAGGAUGACAGCGACAAGGACACCCGCAGGAAAAGCAUCAGGCUCAAGCCGCUGCCUUCGCCCUCUCCGCCGCCCCGGGCCGGCUCCUGCGCCUCCAUCAAGGUGGAGGGGGCUGGGGGCUGCGAGCAGAUCAGCCCCGAGGAGGAGCAGAGGCUCGGCCAGGCCGGGUUCAUGCAGAGGCAGUUCGGGGCCAUGCUCCAGCCGGGGGUCAACAAAUUCUCCUUGAGGAUGUUUGGCAGCCAGAAGGCCGUGGAGAGGGAGCAGGAAAGAGUUAAGUCUGCCGGGUUCUGGAUCAUCCAUCCCUACAGCGACUUCAGGUUUUACUGGGAUCUGACCAUGCUGCUGCUGAUGGUAGGGAACCUGAUCAUCAUCCCUGUGGGCAUCACUUUCUUCAAGGACGAAAACACCACCCCGUGGAUUGUCUUCAACGUGGUUUCGGACACGUUCUUCCUCAUCGACCUCGUCCUCAACUUCCGGACAGGCAUCGUGGUGGAGGACAACACCGAGAUCAUCCUGGACCCGCAGAGGAUCAAGAUGAAGUACCUGAAGAGCUGGUUUGUGGUGGAUUUUAUCUCCUCCAUCCCCGUGGACUACAUCUUCCUGAUCGUGGAGACGCGCAUCGACUCCGAGGUGUACAAGACGGCGCGGGCGCUGCGCAUCGUGCGCUUCACCAAGAUCCUGAGCCUGCUGCGCCUGCUGCGCCUCUCCCGCCUCAUCCGCUACAUCCACCAGUGGGAGGAGAUCUUCCACAUGACCUACGACCUGGCCAGCGCCGUGGUGAGGAUCGUCAACCUCAUCGGGAUGAUGCUGCUGCUGUGCCACUGGGACGGCUGCCUGCAGUUCCUGGUGCCCAUGCUGCAGGACUUCCCCGACGACUGCUGGGUGUCCCUCAACCGCAUGGUGAACGACUCCUGGGGGAAGCAGUACUCGUACGCCCUGUUCAAGGCCAUGAGCCACAUGCUGUGCAUCGGCUACGGGCAGCAGGCGCCCGUGGGCAUGUCGGACGUGUGGCUCACCAUGCUCAGCAUGAUCGUGGGCGCCACCUGCUACGCCAUGUUCAUCGGCCACGCCACCGCCCUCAUCCAGUCCCUGGACUCCUCGCGCCGCCAGUACCAGGAGAAGUACAAACAGGUGGAGCAGUACAUGUCCUUCCACAAGCUGCCCGCCGACAUGCGGCAGCGCAUCCACGACUACUACGAGCACCGCUACCAGGGCAAGAUGUUUGAUGAGGAGAGCAUCCUGGGGGAGCUGAGCGAGCCCCUGCGCGAGGAAAUCAUCAACUUCAACUGCCGCAAGCUGGUGGCCUCCAUGCCCCUGUUUGCCAACGCAGACCCCAACUUUGUGACGUCCAUGCUGACCAAGCUGAAGUUCGAGGUGUUCCAGCCCGGGGACUACAUCAUCCGGGAGGGCACCAUCGGCAAGAAGAUGUACUUCAUCCAGCACGGCGUGGUCAGCGUCCUCACCAAGGGCAACAAGGAGACCAAGCUGGCUGAUGGCUCCUACUUUGGAGAGAUCUGCCUGCUGACGCGUGGCCGGCGCACGGCCAGCGUGCGUGCUGACACCUACUGCCGCCUCUACUCCCUGUCCGUGGACAACUUCAACGAGGUGCUGGAGGAGUACCCCAUGAUGAGGAGAGCCUUCGAGACCGUGGCUCUGGACAGGCUGGACAGGAUUGGUGAGUACAGGGGGCAGAGUUUCCUUCCUCACCCGCUGCCUUGGCAGCCCUUCUCCAGGCUCAGUGCUCGAGUGCAGGUGAACCCCCACUGA